AUGCCGCUAGACGAUGACGACGAUAGAAUGCAUAUGCUGGCAUCCGAAGAUGACUAUUUGGCCAGCAACUUGCUGCCUUCUUCAAGAACGCAACAUAGCUUGACAAAGUCGGAAAUUGUGCAGGGUAUGGCGAAUCGAUUUAUGUAUUCCAAGUUUUAUAUCGGCCUCUACUUGGCGUUGGCGAUACUUAGUUUUGUCACUAUUGUCAUGUCUAUUAAGGAAACAUGUCCAUCUGUAUUGUUCAUCGUGUUUGAGGCCAUCAUCAAUUUCGCCAUGAUCAUUGAAGUAACAACCCGUUUAUUGGCAUUGGGAAGGAGGUACUGGAAAUCAGUGUGGAAUGUUGUGGACAUUGUCCUCGUCGUGCUGUGUGCAGUGACAUUGAUUGUCUUGACCACAGGCUGCUCUGUUGGCGAGCGAAGUGAAGCCAUAUUUGAUACCGUUUUGCUUGUCAUUCGUAAUGGUUUCCAGCUAGUUCGACUGUUCAUGAUGCUUCGAAAGAACCAAUACUCUUUGCACGCACGAUCCACACGAAUUGAUUUCGACGAUAUACCUGAUGUUGAGCGUGAGCCAUCUUUAGAAUUCACAGCUUUGGAUCGAGACAGAGGAUUAGACGAGAGUUUUCUGGACGACGAGGAUUCUGACAUGGAGCAAGGUCGACUGUAA